CCUUUCUCUCUUUCUCUAGCGCUCUCUCUUUGUUUGAUGUGAUUCUCCACUAUUAUCUCACAAAUCGCAACAAACCUUUACAAAAGGAAAAGAAAGAUCAAGAAACCAUGGUGUUUACCUCCAUCCCAGCUUAUCUUGAUCCAGCCAACUGGCAACAACAUCCAAAUCAUCAAGCUGGUUCUAGUAGCAGUGCAAGCUCUCAUCAACUUCCUCCUCCUCCUCCUCCACCACCGCCACCUCCACAACCACAUGGAGGAGGUGGAGCCGGCUCGAUCCGACCAGGUUCAAUGGCCGAUCGAGCUCGUUUGGCCAACAUACCGAUGCCAGAAGCAGCAUUAAAAUGCCCAAGAUGUGAAUCAACUAACACAAAGUUUUGCUACUUCAACAACUACAGCCUUACACAGCCUCGUCACUUUUGCAAAACUUGUAGAAGGUACUGGACUAGAGGGGGUGCCCUAAGAAAUGUUCCAGUUGGAGGUGGAUGCCGUAGGAACAAAAGAAGCAAAGGAAGUAGCUCGAAAUCUCCCGUUAGUGGUGAUCUGCAAACAGCUUCUGGUUCCUCAAGUACAAUAUCUUCAAACAGUACUGGAAGCACUGAUAUUUUAGGCCUUGGACCUCAGGUUCCUUCGCUGAGGUUCAUGGCUCCUUUGCAUCAUCUUACUGAAUUUGGUGGCAGUUCUGAUAUUGGGUUGAAUUAUGGGACAAUUUCUGCUCCACUUGGAGGAACAAGUGACUUAAGCUUUCAAAUAGGAAGUGCCUUAGCUAGUGGAGCUGGUGCUGCUCCUGGUACUUCUCUUUUGACUAUGACUGGUUUGGAUCAGUGGCGGCUACAACAAGCGCCGCAAUUUCCCUACCUAGGAGGCUUGGAAUCUUCUUCCGGCGAGUUGUACCAAUUUGAAAGUGCAGGUGUUGAGCCAUCGGAUUAUGGAGGUGGAGCUAGUCAUCAGGUCCGACCUAAGAUAUCAAGCCCAACGGCCACCCAGAUGGCUCCAGUGAAAAUGGAAGAUAAUAAUCAGCAGGAACUCAAUUUGUCAAGGCAAUAUUUGGGGGUUCCAGGAAAUGACCAUUACUGGGGUGGAACUGCAUGGACAGAUCUUUCCAGUUUCAGCUCUUCAUCCACUAGCAAUCAUUUAUAAAUUUGGUUCUCUCUCUCUCUCUCCCUCUUUCUCUUUCUUGUUUCAA